UAUUGCACAUUGAUUUUGGAGGCAGAUCUGGAAAUUGAUUCAGAAGGUGGCCAUCGGUCUCAAAAUAGAUCGACUCGACAAAUUCCAAUGGGUCCCAUGCCGAUGCCAAUGCCCGGUCCUAUGCCGAUGAUGGGAAGAGUUCCAGGUCCGAUGCCCAUGAAUCCUGCAGUUCCGGGUCGAGCCUAUUACCCGCCGUAUAUGGGGCCAAUGUCCCCAAUGGUUCCUAUGGCUCCAAUGGCUCCUAUGUCUCCAAUGAUGCCGAUGAUGCCACAAGCUGGUCCAGGUAUUCCCAUUUCAACUGGAGGUAUGAGUGGUACGAGCAUCAUUGUAGAGCCUUUAGUGAUUCUGCCCAUGGGUUUAGGAGCUGGAACAAGUUCUUAUCAAUAUUAUGGGUCUAAUGGCGCCUAUCCAUCCUACAACAAUAAUUAUAAUAAUAAUUACAAUCCUUACAACACAUACACUACGGCAAGGCCCUACUAUGAUUAUAAUAACUACAAUAAUAAUAAUAACAACUAUAACAAUUACAAUAAUAAUACCAGUAGUAAUAGCAACUACAAUGAUUACAAUUCAUAAGGUUAUGAAUAUAAUGUAUCUGAAAAUAAAUAAAUAUAAAUAUUCUGGGUUGUGACUUUUGUGAAGAGCUUUGAUCGGCAAUGAAUGAUUAUACAACUCAGGUAUAUCAUCAUAUUUGUACAUAUAUCUUUUAAUAAUCAUCUUGCAAAAAAUGACAAAAUAUAAUUAGCCUUGAGUGAAAUCACUCAGACUAAAAGUACAUAAAUAUAAACUGUUUACAAAGAAAGAAUAUAAUCUCGUAAAAUACAAA